CCUUAUUUAUACCAUCUCCUCUCUGCCCACAUCCCUCCACUUGCACACAACUUCACCUUCUUCUUUCAUCUGUGCUCACUGUCUUCAUUCGUUCACACACUCAAGCCCACCUGGGACUACAGUCUCACCUGGGAAGGGGCCAUGGUGAUGUCUCUGCAAAUUUGUCCCUCUUACAUGGCAUGCAUUUGGGUCCUGAUGAUUAUGAUGAUGAUGAGGCGUGUUCCUAGCAUCGUCAGUGCUGAGGGCCCGCCCCCACCUGGCUACUACCCCAGCUCCAGAUUCGAUGCCAUAACCUUUGAUCAAGGGUUCAGGAACCUGUGGGGCCCUCAGCACCAGGUUGUAGACCAGGGCACGUUGACUAUCUGGCUGGAUAGUUCCUCGGGAAGUGGAUUCAAGUCGCUUCAACGCUACAAAUCUGGCUAUUUCAGUGCUGCUGUGAAGCUUCAACCUGGUUACACGGCAGGAGUCAACACAUGUUUCUAUCUAUCGAACAACGAGGACUACCCGGGUAACCACGACGAGGUGGACAUAGAGUUCCUCGGGACAACGCCCGAUAAGCCGUACACGUUGCAGACAAACGUAUACAUCACGGGGAGCGGGGAUGGCAACAUCAUCGGGAGAGAGAUGAAGUUCCAUCUCUGGUUCGACCCCACUGAGGAUUUCCAUAACUACGCCAUUCUAUGGACCCCUAAUGAGAUCAUAUUCUUGGUCGAUGAUGUGCCGAUACGAAGGUACCCUAGAAAGGGUGAUGCGACAUUUCCCAUGAGACCGAUGUGGGUGUAUGGAUCGAUAUGGGAUGCGUCGUCCUGGGCCACGGAGAACGGAAAAUACAAGGCCAACUAUCAAUACCAACCCUUCGUCGGUAAAUACACAAAUUUCAAGAUAGGUGGGUGUACCGCUGAUAGCUCCGCCUCGUGCCAGCCACCUUCUGCCUCGCCGUCGAGAUCCGGUGGGCUGAGCCACCAACAGAAGGCCACGAUGGAGUGGGUCCAGAGGAACUACAUGGUCUAUUACUACUGUAGUGACCCAAGUAGAGACCGCACCCUCACUCCUGAAUGUUGAGAGAGAGAGAGAGAGAGAGAUGAUUGUUCUUAUUCAAGUGUCUAUUACAUGUAGUAAGCUGUAAAAGUUGAGAGGCCUUGAGAUGUGUCCAACUUCCCAAAGGGGCAAAACAGUAGUCGCACGUCCAAGCCUCGAAGAACACUGUAUCAGUUUGGGUUCAGAAUUGUAUGGAUUCGCCAAAGAAUGAAUAAAAAACAUAGUCAUGGAAGUGUUCACGAGAAA